UACUACAAUCCUCGCUGACCACAUCAUGUCCCACACGCUCUCGGACCCUGAUGAGAUCACUCUUGCUUCGCCUUUUCCCUCGAAGCAUAUCAGCUCGACGACCCCCUACAAAGUUCAAACCAUGUCUGCCUGCGCACGUCACGUUGAAUUGGCUAUUGACGACUUCGCCGGUAUCGCCGUUGAAGUCCUCCGUCUUACGGAAUUCCCUGUGCCGGUCCAAUUCGAGGAAUGGUUCGAGAAUUGGCUCACUCAAAUUGGCGAGUGUCUCGAAGACAUGAAGUCCUUUGACAAGAGGGGUUAUGAAUGCACAUAUGUCGACGCUACCGUCCUCUUCUCCGCCUUGAGGUUCAUGUACGAGCUUGGUUUGAAUGAAAGGCCGGAAGGUGUCCCCGACCGGCACUUCUGGAGUCACUACGCCGGAGUAUGUUUGUUUCUCGGAAUCGCUGCUAUGUCAGACUUUCCUGUUACGCCCAAGAUUUGGUGCAAUUGGCUAAGGUUCGACCGUAAGGACUUCGACACCCUUUUACACUGGGCGCUCGGUGUCUUGGAUUAUCAUGUGAGCUUGAGUAGGAAGGAGUUUGUUGACUGGAGGGAUGUUAUGUUACCGGCGCUUGUGGAGGGCUGCUACUGGGAUGAAGAGGAAUGCGAGGAGGUCUAUGUCCCGGAGACCUUGCCCGCACCACUGAGCGUUGAGCUUCAGCAAGCUGCGAUCAGAGUGGUUCUCCCAUUGACACCCCCAGUAUCGCCUUGGUUCGAAAAGGAUGUUAUUGUGGAAGGUGUUGCGCCGAGUGCGAUUUGUAUCGAGGAGAUGGUUUUCGAUGCGAAGAAUAUGGAAGUAUUCACCACUAUCGACAUCAACCACGAUGUUGACGCGUGUCGUAUGGUGGAUCAGUUGGUCUCUGGGGCAGCUUCGGCCACCGAGAGUACACUUACAGAACAGGUCGAACAUUCUUCACUACAGAAGAAUGACGCGGAUUAUGAAGUCGGAAUCACGGAGAUGUGUCCUUCCCUCCAGCGGGCUGGACAGCAAGUCAGUGGUUCCAAGCGUGCGAAGGAUACAUCGAGAACGCCUCCAUCCUCCUCUCCGCGUUACGAAUGUCGAGCGUUCGAGAUGAUCAACUUUGUCAGACGCUUGCUCGGUUCACAUGUUCCUGACAAGAGAAGAAAAGUUGAUUUACCUGAUCAUCGACACGUUCUGAGGAAGGGCCGGACGACAGCUAGUGGAACGCAUUAUGGGUGUGUGAGGUCGAGAGGGUUGCAAGGGCCCGAUCAGGAGUGGAUUUUCAGCAGACAGCUCACUGCAUGAGGUGUUUCUGGCUUCGGGAAAAGGUAGAUUGGCGCAUUAUCACUUUGAAAAGGCUUGGGGUGCAUAUUUGGUUGAGGGAGUUCUGCUCAGGGUUUGUCCGUCUCGCGAAUAGCACAUAAUACAACGGACUCUAUGUCAUACAUCAC